AUGUCGUCCAGCAAGACCAACCCCGUUCCCCAAAGGGUCAUCUCCCGUCUUAUUGCCAGCGCUCUCCAAGACCCUCAACUACCCAGACAGAGCCCAACAGAAGCCUUCUGGCAAGUGCCCGUAUCUAAUAUCUCACGCCAACAAUCAUCGAAACUUCCCUCUUCGACAACUUACGCAAUAAUCGGCUCUGGCGUGACAGGAUGCAGUGUGGCAAAGAACCUCCUCGAGAACUUGCCAUCAGAGUCGAAAGCCACUGUGACUGUCUUUGAAGCUAGAGCUCUCACUAGCGGAGCAACGGGGAGGAAUGGAGGGCAUCUGCUUUCACCGCUUCCUGAAGAAUUUACGCUUAUGGAGAAACAUUAUGGAACAGAAGAGACCAUCAAAAUGGCGAGAUUCGCCAACAGGACACUGGAUAAGAUGCAUGGGCUUGCUGAGAAUGCCGAUCCUGAACUGAGAAAAGCCGCCGAGGUGCGAAAGGUGCGGACUGUGACUGGAUACAGGUCUAAAGAGCUGUUUGAAGAAGCCAAGGCGUCUCAGAAGAGAUACGAGGAGUGCUUGCCAGAGUUCAAAGGUGACCAUGAGGCUAUCCAUGGCGAAGAAGCUGUAGAGAAGUACAACAUGAAAGGCAACGCCGGUGUGAUCGUCAACAGCGCAGGUGCCUUCUGGCCUUAUCGUCUUAUCACAGGACUGCUCGAACGCCUACUACAACGAUACAAAGGCCGCUUCACAGUCGAAACAGAGACACCCGUAACCUCAGUCCAGCAUGACGACAAUGGAAACGCAGAGCACCCCUACAUCCUAACCACACCACGCGGCACCAUCCGUGCAAGCAAAGUAAUAUACUGCAGCAACGGCUGGACAGGCCAUCUCCUGCCCAAACUCCGAGGCAAAAUCUUUCCCUUGCGAGGCACCAUGUCCACCCAACAAGCCGGCCCAGAACUCCCCCACGAAGGCGAUCAGCAAUCCUGGUCCGUCCUCGACAAACCCACUUACGACGUGAAAGACGAUACCUUCUCUUACGGUCUGUACUACAUCACGCAAAACGCCACGACCGGAGACGUCUUCAUCGGCGGCGAGAAGCAGAAAGUCGACGAGAUGCUUUCGAGCGAUGAUUCGACGAUUAGUCAAGUUUCGAAGGAGACUCUUGAGGGGAUCCUGCCUUCCAUCUUCGAGAAAGGCUGGCCCGUGAACGAAAAGCCGCACGUCAGGAAACUCUGGUCUGGGAUUAUGGGGUUCACGCCGGAUCAUAUUCCUUGGGUUGGACAGAUCCCGAGCAGCGUGACGGGUAGGAAAGGCGAUGGGGAGUAUAUCGCGGCUGGAUUCAACGGCUAUGGCAUGCCGCUUUGCUGGGGCUGUGGAGAGGCUGUGGCGAAGAUGGUUCUGGGGAAGGAGGAGGAAGUAGAUGUGUGGUUGCCGUCGAGUUUCUUGAUCACGCCAAAGAGACUUGCGAGUCCUUACUCGACUGUCGAGGCUGCUAUUGUGGGGUUGUUGGAGGGACAGCUGGGAUUGGCUUCAAAGGCGUAUCUCGCGUGGAGCUUUGCAACGAGCUACGCGAGAAGGACGAUUUUCGGAUGA